AUGUCCACCGAACCUUUCAGAAACGUAUGCCUAUUACCCCAAACGAACCAAUUAUUGGGUUUAUACACAAUUAUCAGAGACAGAUCAACCGCUAGACCGGAUUUCAUCUUUUACUCUGACAGAAUCAUCAGAUUACUAGUCGAAGAAGGUUUGAACCAUCUUCCAGUAAUGGAUAGGCCUGUUGAAACUCACACAAAUGAAACUUUUAAAGGUGUUGGCUUCAAAGGUAAAAUCUGUGGUGUCUCCAUUGUCAGAGCAGGUGAAUCUAUGGAACAAGGUUUAAGAGACUGUUGUAGAUCCGUCCGUAUCGGUAAGAUUCUAAUUCAAAGAGAUGAAGAAACUGCUUUACCUAAAUUAUUCUAUGAGAAGUUGCCAGAAGAUAUUGCUGACAGAUACGUCUUCUUAUUAGACCCGAUGUUAGCCACUGGUGGUAGUGCUAUUAUGGCCACUGAUGUCUUAAUUAAAAGAGGAGUUAAGCCGGAACGAAUCUUUUUCUUGAAUUUAAUUUGCAGUAAAGAAGGUAUUGAUAACUACCACAAGGCUUUCCCAGAUGUCAAAAUCGUCACCGGUGCUAUUGACAGAGGUCUUAACGAAGACAAAUACUUAGUUCCAGGUUUAGGUGAUUUCGGUGACAGAUACUACUGUAUCUGA